AUUCGUAGUGAGGCCUGUUUUAUACCCAGGGUAGUUUCCCUGAAUUGGAACACUGCAUUCGUUGAGGCGCAGUAAAGUGGUGGGAUAUUUCGUCCAGUCCGAGAUAUUAUUUGGAUGCAUAUCAAAAACAAGAACAAGUAGGUUACAGUCGGAAACUGAACGUCAGCAGACAAGAGGUGUGAUGUCUGUACAAUGCCUUAUAAUGUUCUGGCUCUGUACAUGUGCCGUGUGGGAGCUAAGCAUAGGGUUGGUAGAAAAUGGUAAAAAUGUAGAAACGAUUACAACUUACAGGUCAUCGCGUUACACAGUGGAGUGUAGUUUUUGGAAGUGGGGUCGGUGCACAAAAUACAGAAAAAGCCAAGACAAGCGUUUUAAGUGCAGGACCGGGUACAGAUCAACAGAUGGCAGAGGUUGUCCCCAUGCUAUAUGUGACAAUCAGAUCAACUCCGAUGCUUGCAACAUCAACUAUAGGACAUCGCACAUCAUCAACAGAAACGGCAGGACACAGUACAGGAGUGGAGGGACCUGUACUUCCCCUCGGAUCUGUGACAACUGUAAUGAUGGUUUUUUCCCAAGUAAUGAACGAUGCAGAAUGUGCACGAAAAUCAAUAACUGCCCACUUGAGACAUGCACCAGCAGCAGCAACCAGGUGUGUAGUCGCUGUGAGGGGGUCGUGUCAGAGCAGGCAGGACACAGGGCAUAUGUGGCAUCUUCUGACAACAAAAAAUGCAUACAGGCAUGUUCCUGGCGGAGUGACAGCACCUGGUGUUAUCCCGGGACCUGCAGGAAUGAGUACGCCAGCAACUGUGCCUGCUCCAGUGGAUUCACAGGGAAACAUUGUCAGACAAUAACAACAAAGCCCAUGAUCAACUUUAACAUUCUAAGACUGACCGCUAGCAACGGAGACGUGACAGAGGCACCUCCCAACAUCAAUAGUGGUCCAUCUCAGUCCACCAGCUGGUCCAACAUCAACUCCCCAUCCAGCAUGUACUACAAGUUCACAGCCUCGUACAGAACAUUUCCUCCUGCCAGACAUGGCUUCAUUGAAAGUUUCACAGUGGGCAUUGUCGGUGCUUCUACAACAUUCAAACUAAAGAGAGGUGGAGGUGUCGUCUCCACUAAAGUAGUAACCUGUGGAGGAGUCAGCAGAAGCAGCCCGGACACAGACCUGUACACCUGUGAAGGAACCUCACCAGGGGCGUCUUUACUACCUCUACCCUUCCAACACAGAGACGUUAUCGAAUUCUCUUACGCAACAAGUAAUGGCGGGUAUGUUAAAGUCCGGAACAAGGAGACUAAGACCCUGGCCACCCACAACUACAGCGGUGCUACACAGACCCACACCUUUACUAUGACCAUUGACCUCGUGGAACCCUAUCACUGUACUGGUUCUACUGCCUGUGUUGGCAGCAUGUUGACUGCUCCCAAUGUUAUAAAGACUCCAACUGUGAACCUCCGCUGGAGUGGCUGGGUAGAUGCUGAUGCAGGUGUUGACCACUUUGUGAGGGAGGUGUAUGAACUCCACGCUGUUGGGAAUGUACUCAGAGAUAAACGUCGGGUUGACACAACUACUUUGACCAGCUCAUCGACGGCCAACAGCUACACACUAACGACGGCGGGCGUGUACUCAGUUGUCCUAUCUGCCUAUGACAAGGCAGGUAAUCACAGAAGUGCCAGACGGAUCCUGAUAUAUGAUGGUACGUCGACUGUAACAACUCAAGCCAAUAAACAACUCCGUGUGACAACAGCAUCUUCAGCAACGUCAGAGUGGCAAACGACGUCAUCAGCAGUGACAGUGGACUGGACCAACAGAUACAUCAACACAGUACAUCACAGCAACAAGUGGCUCCAUGGGGUGGCUUCCAGUGGUGGUGUCGGCUCGGACUAUGAUGACAACGAGGGUGACAGAAGUGUGGCUGUCAUCAACAAUAUUCAGGGUGUAACACGGUUCUUGUCGUCAUACAAAGUUGACCAUAAAGGAGGAUGGUCCAUCACCAGUCCCCCAGUUAAUAACGAGUUCGUCAGUCAAGGUCUGAGUCAGUCACAAACUAUAACACCCUCACUUGCCGAUGGUGACACUGUGCGCUUCUGGAUUCGAGCCUAUGACAUCAAGUCGGACUUGAAAGAAGAGUAUGUGACAGUCCAUAUCGACACAUCACCACCAGUCAUAGAGAACCUGUGGCUCACCAGAGGCGACAGACUCAACAUCAGUGUCCACAGAGUAGAGGAAUUCACCGAAAUGACAAUUGAGUGGGUUGCAUACGAUGAGCACAGCGGCCUGGAGGCGGUGUCAUGGCGGAUUGUAGAUAAAUACCGGGGUCGAGACAUCGUGCAUGGAGUGCAGCACAUAAGGGCGCAAGGGGAAACAAGCUCAGUUUCUGACUGCAAGAACAUCUACGCUGGUGCCGCCAGGGGAGCUAACUGUUACUGCACGCCAGCCAAAGGCUGCUACCAUCGUCACUUCCAAGUGAAGCCCACCAUAGUAGUCAGCAGUCUCUCACAUGGAGGAAUAUUUAGUGACAAGAGCAAGGGCUCUCAUGGCUCCGACUACCACCUUGAAGUCACUGUGUCAAACCACGCCAAACUUACAACAAAGAUGGAGUUUAAAAUCACACUAAACGUGAGCCCCCCUCAUGCUGGCAUUGUCCACGAUGGUCAGUCUGGGCACCCGGAAAUGGAUUACCAGGACAGCCUACAGCUCAAUGCCCACUGGGACGGAUUCUUUGACAACGAGAGCGCAAUCGCCUUUUAUCAGUACACCUUCGGUCCCAGAUGUUUACAGGGAGACGCGUUUGACCUAAAUAAAACCAAAAACAUGGAAUCAACACACUCUACCGAAGUCACAUGGACAGCACCUUCUUGUGGAAAGUUUUAUGUUACUGUUGUUGCCUAUAAUGGAGCUCAGCAGAGAAGCGAUGCCGUUUGUUCUGAUGGAGUUGAGACGUGUAAAGGUAAUCCAGUGGUCGGAAACACCCUUGUACUGGUGGUGUCAGGGACUGUGUCCGCUGUGGUUGCAGUUGUUAUGAUCAUCGUUGGAGUUGUUGUCUGGAAGAGGAAACAAAGACGUCUACCGGAGAGCCCUGACCAAGCUGUGUACGACAACACAGAGCUACCGAAAAAUGUUAAAGCUAAAAAGACAAAACCUCGGGCCAACAGAAAUGAACCUGAAUCCAAGACGUACGACACACUUGAUGUCAACUCGCGCAACACAGGCCCUGGGGAAGGAGCAUACUGUUCUAUACAGUCUCGCGGGUCGGAAGAGAAAAGCAUGUAUGAACCCAUUGAAAGUCCGAUGUACAUAAACAGGGUCGUGCCAUCACGCGCGACAUCCGACAGUACAUCAAAUGAGAUAUACGAAGAAAUCUGAACACAGAAUACACUACCACACAAACAUCCCUCUCAUGCAUAUUCUUUGUUAAGAGAACAUAUACUAACCUCUGUUUGUUGCCAAACAUGCGUUGCCACUGUAGGGAUUCCAGGGGUUAGAAUAGUUUUCUGGCAUCCUGUUAUGGUACGACCGGGUGAUCAGGCUUGUUCAUUGUGUUACACUGUAACCCGAGGGCUUGGAUCUCUGCUCAUUAUGUCAGUCACUGGAUUGUCUGGGGCUGUCAAAUACAUGUACAUGCACCUGGAUACGGCUGAUGUUUACAACAAACAAAUAGAGAUUAGUUUGAUAAAUGAAUAUUACAAUGUUAUGUCGAGUACCAUUGCAUAUAUGUAGUUGCCACGGAUUUGUACAGACAAAAAUCACAAGUAAUUCACCAAAGAUCCAGGCCUUCAGCUAAAGUAGUGCUCUGUAUUCUUUAGUGUCUGCCGCCAGUCCUGAAUUGCAGUAUCGCUCAAAACAUAUAACAAGGGAUUACCAUACAGCCAUUCGCCAGCUUGAUUUAAUAUAAUCAUCAUGGAUCACGCCAUGGAAAAAAGUGAGAAAAAAAUUAUUUUCAUAACAUAUGUCCCCUCUAUUUUGUUGAUAUUCGAAGAAGGGAAGCAACUCUCCCAACAUGUUCGUUUGUUUCUGUUUUAUAAGUUCUCCAUUUGUGAGGCCAAGAUUCAAAUUGUGAAACAUUUUUGCACACAAUUUGGCAUGCAAUAGUAUUCUAACAAUAGGUGUUUUUUCUUCAGCCCACGCUAAAACUGUGCAACACUCACAAUAAUUGAGAAUAAAUCUCACAGCUUGCUGAUUAUUGUUGGUUUGACGAUUUUUUUUCUUUUCUGAGAUUGCAUUAUUCUCAGUGAAACAAAUAGAAUACAUUACAGAUGUACAGAUACGUUUUCACAUUAAACGUGCUUAACUAGUAUUGAUCAGAGAAAUUUUAACACGUCCAAUUUUAAUUCUGGAAACCCAUUUGUCCAGAAACUUUCCAUGCUGUGGUCAAGUCUCUGUCAAAGGUAUUUACAACAUUGAACAAGGAAGAUAAAAUGUCGCAUAAAUAAACUAAUGUAGGCGUUAUUAAAAUAAUUCGCCCAUGUUUUGGUCAGUCUCUUUAACGCAUUAACUAGUUGUGUGCAAAGUAUAUUCUAUCAUGUGAAAUAUACUUUAUAUGAUAUAAUUACAUUACUAUUUAAAAUGGGCCUUUGGUUUGAUGUUACCUUUAUAGAAGUUUUACCUUUUGUACAUAUUGUAACGUUCUUUAAUGACUCCGGAUAUUUAUAGUUGAUCAUACGAAUUUAUUCCAGUGUAUUCCAAUUCAUUGGCGUUAUAAUUAUCGUUCACAGCAUUAAAGUUGAGUUGGUUUCUUACUCAUUUCCCAUUU